CCCAAAACCGAAGGCAGAGUGACUAAAAAAUAAUUUCACAAAUUUUAAACUUCCAAAAACUUCCAAACGUUCUGAAAUUCAAAUCAGAAUAAGGUAAUUUUGGGGAAUUUUUCAGAUCGAAAAUGGAGAUUGAUUCGGCUUCGAUUAGUCGGUGCUCGAAAGAGCACCAGAAGAUCUAUCAAGAAUGGUUUUCUUUCGCUGAUUCAGAUGGAGAUGGGCGUCUGACUGGAGCCGAUGCUACAAAUUUCUUUGCCAUGUCCAACGUGUCUCGUCAAGAUCUCAAGCAGGUGUGGGCAAUUGCAGAUUCGAAAAGGCAAGGUUUUCUUGGUUUUAAAGAGUUUAUCACUUCAAUGCAGCUGGUCUCCUUGGCACAAGCUGGGCAUGCGAUAACUGGUGAUAUUCUAAACACUGAAGUUGAAUUUGAAAAUUUACAACCUCCAGCCAUGGAAGGACUGGAUGUUCUCCUAGCUAAGAGAAAGCAUAUACCUAAAAGUGAACCCGAACAGAAUGGUAAUCCUCAAGUGCAAUCAUCCCCAUCAGCUAGUUGGUUUACUUCUUCAAAAUCUGCAAAGAAGGUAUCCUUGGCCUCUGUUACAUCGAUAAUUGAUGGUUUGAAAAGAUUGUAUGUUCAGAAGCUGAAGCCACUGGAAGUUACUUACCAAUUUAAUGAUUUUGUUUCGCCCUUACUGGCAAAUAGUGACUUUGAUGCUAAACCAAUGGUGAUGCUUUUGGGUCAGUACUCCACUGGGAAGACAACAUUUAUUAAACAUUUGCUCAAAACUAGUUAUCCAGGAGCUCACAUUGGACCAGAGCCUACAACAGAUAGAUUUGUCGUUGUCAUGAAUGGACCAGAUGAAAGAAGUGUUCCAGGGAAUACAAUUGCUGUUCAAGCAGAUAUGCCUUUUAGUGGUCUGACAACUUUUGGAACUGCAUUUCUGUCAAAAUUUGAGUGUUCUCAAAUGCCACAUCCUCUGCUGGAACAUAUUACUUUCGUGGAUACUCCUGGAGUGUUAUCAGGAGAAAAACAACGAACUCAAAGAAGCUAUGACUUUACUGGUGUAACAUCCUGGUUUGCUGCAAAGUGCGACCUCAUCCUGCUUUUGUUUGACCCCCACAAACUUGAUAUAAGUGAUGAAUUCAGACGUGUCAUUGCAUCUUUACGGGGUCAUGAUGAUAAAAUACGCGUGGUUUUGAACAAGGCUGACCAAGUUGAUACGCAGCAACUUAUGCGGGUAUAUGGAGCGUUAAUGUGGUCCCUAGGCAAAGUGCUGAAUACUCCUGAGGUCAUGCGUGUUUAUAUUGGAUCUUUUAAUGACAAGCCUAUUAACGACGCUGCUGCUGGUCCAAUUGGGAAAGAACUUUUUGAGAAAGAACAGGACAACCUUCUUACAGAUUUGAAAGACAUACCAAAGAAGGCUUGUGAUCGUCGUAUAAAUGAAUUUGUAAAGCGUGCUAGGGCCGCCAAGAUACAUGCUUAUAUUAUCAGUCACCUGAGAAGGGAAAUGCCUGCGAUGAUGGGCAAAGCUAAGACUCAGCAGAGACUCAUCGAUAAUCUGGCUGAUGAAUUUGCUAAGGUUCAAAGGGAACACCAUCUACCGGCUGGGGAUUUCCCUCACGUCGAACACUUUAAGGAGGUUUUGAGCGGAUAUAGCAUCGAUAAGUUUGAGAAAUUGAAACCUAAAAUGAUACAAGCUGUCGAUGACAUGCUCGGAUAUGACAUCCCUGAACUUUUAAACAAUUUCCGGAAUCCGUACGAUUAGGGAUGAACCAAUGCUUUUCAGAGCCAAGGCAGACAUUUUGAAACCAAAAAAAUGAUACAAGCUGUUGAUGAAAUGCUUGGAUAUGACAUCCCUGAACUUUAAGGAAUUUCUGGAAUCCAUACUGUUAGGGAUGAACCAAUGCUUUUCAGGGAGUGUAGCUCAUUAUAUAUACGUUCUCGUUUGAAUUCUAUACCAUGAGUUAAUUAUAUUAUUUGAGGCUCCUAGUGAGCAAAUUUGUACAAUAUUAAGGCUGUGCUGUACAAAUGGAACUUUGGGUUUUUUUCAUUUA